CCGCAAGACUAUGCAGUAGGUCAAUGGGUGAUGGGCAUGUAUCCCGACACUUCAUGCUUCUACCGCGCCAAGGUCUUGGGUGGAGGACCAGGUCUGACUGGUCGUCAGAACCCAGCCAAGGUGAGUCAAGACUGCGAAGGAGUGUCACGCAGUGAGCCGCACGUGUGCUGCUCGUGGUCUCGCAUGAUCUUUGACGACCACCCCCCUCUCAGCUCAAAUCGAGGACGCAGGAACUGUUGGCCAAGCCAUAUCAAUUGGAGUUCGAGGAUGACAACAAUAGGAUGCACGAAGUCUCUGCCGGCUACGUCGUGGAAAGACCAUAGUCGAUGGGUGGUGAGGCUGACGAAAGCAAGCGAUCGCGUGCCACGCUGAUUGCUACCAUCGCACGAUGCUGUCGACUCGAGACUCGAGAGUCCUUUCGGCUCUUGCUCGCCUUCAUUUCCAUUCCGAUCACCUUCGCCGUCUCCACCUUCAAUGUUCCCUAGUAUUCGCGUCUUUUGCUUCGUCUUCCUCCCCCUCUUCUGCAAUGAACACGAUCUGCUGCGUAGUCUAUC